ACUCUUCUUGUUUAUAAUAAUAACUAUUGUGUCUUUGAAGUCUGUCUGAAAUCAGCUAUCAGUUGUGAAAAGUUGGGAAAUAGUCGAGUUCCUCUGUGUAAAGCCUGAGUGAGUUACUCGUCUGCAGUGUCAACAUGUCGUACUGUAGGCAAGAAGGUAAAGAUCGGGUAAUCUUUGUCACCGAGGAAGAUCACAAGUUACCUGAGCCUGCCAGUGCUGAGAACGGCGACGACAACAAGGAUGCUAAUGAUGGUGUACCGGAGGGUGCUGUUCUGCCUAAUGGAGAGAUAAACUGGGAUUGCCCGUGCCUUGGUGACAUGCCCCACGGCCCAUGUGCAGAGGAAUUUCGGGCGGCGUUUAGUUGUUUCAUUGCCAGUACUGAAGAACAAAAGGGCAGUGACUGCAUCGAAAAGUUCGUGACAAUGACCGAAUGCACACGUCGAUUUCCUGAUCUCUACCCAGAUAGCUCACAGGACGAAGCAGAACAGUCCGAAUCUUCUCAGCCUGAAGCAGCGGGAAAGUCCGAAACGUCUCAGCCUGAAGCAGCGGGAAAGUCCGAAACGUCUCAGCCUGAAUCUGCAGAGAAGUCUGAAUCUGCUCAGCUAGAAGUAGUACCGGUACAAGAAAAGCCGGAGCCUGCUGCAGAAGCGUCCUCAGAGGUAGAUUCGAAAAAAGGGAAACAAUCUUGAUGGUUGCCAGAGCGUGGUGAUUUUAGGCCUCUGUCUAUCUAGUAUUUUAAUUCGGUUAACCCUUACAAUGUAGGCUGAAGUUUAGGCAAUGACUGACUCACCAAUGGCAGGUAGUUUUGUCAGCUGCUGACCAGAAGAUUGACCCUUCUGCCUGGCACACGACCUUCAUCAUCCGGUGUGAUGCAGCAUCACUGCACUUUCUGGCACUGCUGGUCAAAGACUGAUCUGUCCCCCACCCCGGUGCAGUCAAUGGAUACCGUGCCCGGUGUGGAGAUGCACUGCAGUUGUCUGACGGUUGCCUGAGCCCCA